AAAUAUUCAACUACGUAUUGACUCAAUCUUUGCUAACUUUCUCUUGGAUCAUUGAUCAUUUUACAUUUUUGGUUAUAUCAAUGAGGGGAAACUACAAUUUGGAACUCCGGCUUCUACCGGCAGCUGCCGGUGGUUUUGGCUUGCCGGAUUGGUGUGGGAAAGAGGAGGAGGAGGAGCAGCAGAUGACUAUCUUUUACAACGGGCAGGUUGCUGUUUGUGAUGUUACAGAGCUUCAGGCCAGAGCCAUCAUAUCGUUUGCAAGUCGAGAAAUGGAGGAGAAGUCAAGAACCCCAUCUUCUUCUUCUGAACCAUCUUCCCCUGUCCUGCAAUCACCAAUAUAUGGUCCCGCAGCUGGUCUCUCCAUGAAGAGAUCUUUGCAGAGGUUCUUGCAGAAGAGAAAAAACAGAAUCCAAGCUGCAUUUCCUUAUCAUCAUCUCUAGAUAAAUUCGACAUCAAUACUGAGAAAGGCAUGGAAAAUAUACAUUAGGAAGGACAAAACUGAUUAUUGAAUUUAGUUUUAUUUGACGAAUUGCCAUUGAAUCUAUAAAUUAGUCUGAAUAUACAUAUGCCCAAUUUAUUGUCCAACAUUUGAAUCGAUGUCCUUCCAUCGGUUCCCCCUAAGCUGCAUUGAUUUAUGUCUUUUUAGACAUUUAUUACUUUGUUCGUUUGUAUCAAAUUUUUAUUCUUUUCCUUCAGCAUUGUAUAGAUUUUGAGCAUUUGAAUGUUACGUUUUCUUUUCUUUUCUUUUCUUUUUAAUGAAACGAUUAGUAUUGGAAUAUUCUGUGAAACUUUGAAUGGCACAAGAGUGAUGUUAUGGUA